CUCACCAAGGGCGACACAUUACAGAAGGAGCUAUCAGAUCAGCUGGAUACUGGAUAAGUGGAAGCAAGCAUCUGGUGUCUUCUGUCAUUCACAAGUGUGUUACCUGCCGCAGACUGUGAGGGAGGUUGGAGGAACAGAAGAUGGCUGAUCUACCUGCUGACCGACUUACGCCUGAGCCUCCAUUCACUACUGUCGGCCUUGAUGUCUUUGGGCCAUGGUCCAUUAUGACAUGUCGGACUAGAGGAGAAUAUGUAGACUGCAAACGCUGGGCUGUGUUGUUUACGUGCAUGUCAACCAGAGCAGUGCAUAUUGAGCUGAUUGAAACCAUGUCAACAGACAGCUUUAUCAACGCUCUCCGGAGGUUUUUUGCGACUCGUGGUCCAGCCAAACUUCUGUGGUCUGACAGAGGGACCAAUUUUGUGGGGGCUUGCAAGGAAUUGUAUAUAAACACAGACGACACAACAGUUAGGAAGGAGGAAGGCUCCUGGAUGUUUAAUCCCCCUCAUGCUUCCCACAUGGGUGGCUCCUGGGAAAGGCUCAUCGGAGUUGCCAGGCACAUCCUGGAUGCAAUGUUGCUUCAGGCAGGACCAACACGUCUCACACAUGAAGUCCUAAGCACUUUCAUGGCAGAAGUCAUGGCCAUCAUGAAUGCAAUGCUCCUUACUCAAAAGAUGAGUGCAGUUUCAGCCCCCUGUAGAAACUUUGGUACGGCACAGUUGUAUGGGAAGCAAUGGAAACAGGUCCAGUGUCUUGCUGACACGUUUUGGAAGAGAUGGAAGGGAGAGUAUCUGUCUACGCUACAGAGCUGCAGGAAGUGGACAAAAGACAAGCCAAAUGUCAAAGAAAGAGAUGUCUUACUAAAAGACAGCCAGGCCCACAGAAAUGAAUGGCCAAUGGGACUAGUUGUUAAGACUUUGCCAAGCAGCGACAACAGAGUCCGCAAAGUAGAGGUGCAGAUUGUGAAGGAUGGAACAGCUAAGGUGUUCUUAAGGCCGGUCUCAGAGAUCUAGUCCUUCUUUUAGAG